CUACCGUACUCCUGACGUCUACCUCCCGUGUACCGACCAACGCCUGUCUCCCGACCUACCCCAAGAUUCCGGCGUGUUUAAGUGCACGGCCCAAAAUUCCUUCGGCUGGGCCUCAUGUUCGGCCACGCUGGACGUUUACAGCGAUCUUGAGGAGCAGCUGGAGAUCGAGGCAAUUCGCCAGCGGGAAGAAGAUGAGCGCUCUGCGUCGGCAGAGUUCCAGCAUGAGAGGUCUCGCUUCCAUGCCUGCGAAGACUUCCCCACAUCGCGGACCGACUCCACGAUUGCCCCCCCGCCUGACUUGCUUCGCAGCUCCCCGGAAGACGAUUUCACAAAUCGAGUCGGGUCCCAGGAGCCUCUUCUGGUCAAGCGCUCUUCUGAAGAUCACUUCAGCCACAGUCAGGAGGAGGUAUCGCUGCGCUUGGAGGUCCGUCACUCGCCAGAAGUCACAAUCGACACGCCCGGCCCUUGCCUUCCAUCUUCACCAGUACCUCCUGCACAGGUCCAAGAAAAAGUCCCAACACCCAAGCUGUUCACACCAAACAAGUUCAGUUUUAAUUCCUCCCCGUCAGGAGGCAACGCUAUGAACCUGCCAGACAUACCGACUUUUAAACCAGGCACCUUCCCUCCCAGUGCCUUCAACUAUGCGCGGCCGAGACACUUUAUUCAAUCCCAGUCAGCCUUCCAGGCCCCCAGCUAUGAAAGCGUGAUAAGGGAGGCUCAGGAGAACCAGGUCAAUUCCCAGGAGAAGAGCUCCAAGCAUAGUUCAAGCGCUGCUGAAGUCCAAAGCCAAACUAAAACGAGGUCUUCACAUAGCCAGUCGCUGCCAAAGUCCUUGUCUCACACUCAGUCUCAGUUUCAGUCAUUGAGCCUGACUCCCAAUCAGACACAGCCCAAUGGGACCAGCAAGUCGUCCCCAUCGUCAUCCAGCAUCAGCUCGCCCAUUUCAUCUUCCUCUGUUACGCCUUCUUCUCUGCCGGCCUCCUCGACGCCACGUGUGACCAUGCGCUCGACCAUAACCCUCACCCCCAGCGUCCCGAGCGCCAGUGGCCUCGGGAGCGCCUCUCUCCCGGCCAACCAGGACGCCAUGUCUGCUCCCGCCGCCUACCUCUGCUCCGUGCUGCCCUCCCGGUCGUCUCUCUCCACCUACUCAAAACUGUCCCCCAACUCCACCCUUCCCGCUUCCCGCUCACCGCUAGCACCUUCAAGCCCUCACCUCCCUAAAAAAGAAUCCUCGCCUUCCUCCUCUUCUCAGCAGCCUCCUCCAUCGUCCCCUUCCUACUCUCGCUCCGACUUUUCCCCAACUACUCCCUCGCUCCCCCAGCCCAACACACCUAAUUGCCAUAACAGAGAGCCACCCCCGGUUGUCUCAAUGCCCGCCCACUACAAGGGGACGCCCAGCACUCUCCCUAAGCCCAUCCUUAAGAAGACUGUAGUUUCUCGACCGUCUUCCUCUCGCUCCACGGAUGAAGAAAUUCAGGGUUCCAAAGAUGCUCUCAUCCAGGAUCUGGAAAAGAAGCUCCGAUCGAAAGAAGUGAGGAGAAGAAACAGCCAGAAACUUUCUUAUGAGGAGCGUAUGGCUCGAAGGCUGCUGGGUCCAGACAACGCCAACUGUGUGUUUGACCAAGACAGUCUUUCGGACUCACAACUUGACCAGCCAGAUUCCCCAGAAGGAAGACACACCGGUGGGCUAUGGGGGAAGCACCACAGUGGAACAGAUGAGGGGGGGAAUGAGGGCUCGGCUAUCCAGGAGAAAUGUUACGCCCCCCGCUUCCUGCAGAUCCCCCAAGACCUCACUGUUGAAGAGGGUCGCUUCUGUCGAAUUGACUUCAAGGUUGGAGGACUCCCUACGCCAGAUGUCUGCUGGUACUUGGAUGGGAAAGAGAUACGUCCGGAUGACUACCACAAGAUGCUCGUUUGUGAGAAAGGGAUGCACUCGUUCAUUAUCGAGAUUGUCACCGUGCACCAUGCCGGCGUCUACGAGUGCCUGGCCAGGAACCGUGCGGGGGAAAGCAGAUUCAGCCUGAGGCUUGAUGUCAUCGCCCAAGAGGCUCUCCGCCCACCAACUUUUGUGCAAAAGAUGUCAAAUUUCCGAGCUCUCGAAGGUGACGCUGUGAGGUUGGAAUGUAAGGUGGACGCCUCACCUCCUCCUCAACUCUUCUGGAAGAAAGAUAAAGAAAUGCUACGUAUUGACCCAACCAGAAUGAGCCUCUACCAAGACGGCUCAGGCAGGCAGUGCCUGUUGAUAGAGAGGGUGACCAAGUCCGAUGCCGGGUGGUACACGCUUUCUGCUAUCAAUGAAGCUGGCAUGUCGACGUGCAACGCGAGACUGGAUAUAAGCUGCCGAGCAAUUCCGCCAAUGAAAACGGCGCCCCCUGGCUCCCAAGCGUUGAAACUGCUUUCAUCUUUGAGCCGCGUGCCCACCAACACCCUGGCAACAGACGCCCCCGGCCGGCGCAGCGCCCCCAUAUAUGAGAGUGAGGAGCUGUAGACCCCUUUGAAAACGCACACAGAACUGUCAAAGCACUGAUGCAGUAAUUUAGUGACUCCAAUACUGCCCCCCCCCCUCCCCUUUCCCAAAAAUGUAAUCUUCAGUCUUUAUGUUGUUCACGUGUUGCUGACUGCAUUUACCGUUUGGGGCUGAGGAGCUCAUGUUGGAUAUGAACCUGUAAGCCCCGCAAGCCUUCCUGGCGUCACUGGGCUAAACGGUGAGCCAAGGUCACCAUUACUGGAGGUUUAUUAAUAGUUUGUGUUGUCCCAGCCAGCCUCUCUUGUCCUGGCGGUCAAACGGUUUACAAAGAACAGUUUGUGCUUCAUGACGGUCGGCAUGAUAAAAGCACAUCUUGUGCGUCUUGCCUUAAAGCUCGGAAGAUUUCACCUCAGCUUCCUGUCAAAUACAAAGACCAUCACUGUCUCGCAUGUGAACGUUCGCCUCACUAACUACAGUACUGCACUUUAGUCAUCUCCUCUCCAGUAUCUCCAGUCACUAUACACGCAAAUAUUUAUUGCAUUAAGCGUCAGUUUCAUUACCAGCAUCAUCCGGCGUAUAUUAGUUUUUAAAGUUGAUUCCUGUAAUGUAGUGAAAUUGUAUUGGAAUAUAUUGUCGCCUCCUGCCCUGCAAUUGGUCAAACACUGAUACUCAUCCUGAACGUAGCUCCAUAACCUUUCGUACUUUUCCAAACGUGAAAUAUGUCUCCACAGAAUAUGACCUCUUGAUUUUUAAACCAGGAAAUCCAGUACAGACUGCAGUGAGUAGAAUAAGAUGGUGGUUCAUGCAAGAAUACCAAAAGGAGACCUUUUGCCGGAAUGUUACACUGGAGGCGGGAGCUUUUUUUUUUUUUUUUUUCCU